AUGAUACACAUCUUAGUUGAGGAUCCCGUAGACACUCAGAAAACUGAUGAUGCUAAUAAGACAUUUAUUUCUGCUAACAAGACAACCACUGUUACUAAUAAGACCUCGAUCUUCCCUCAAACACAUUAUUAUCAAGAACCAUUUAAACACAUACAAUCAAACUCGACGAUGCGACAACACAAUAUAACAAUAGUUACUGGUGCGAGUAAUAAUCAUUUCUGUGCGGUAAAAAGUUUACUUUAUCGCAUUAAUAAAGAGGUAGAUGGCCUGAAUGUACGGAUUGUGGUCUACGAUCUGGGGUUUACUAAAUCGCAGAAAGCUGCAUUCAAUCGUUUACUUAAUCUAAGUUACAUAUCAGAAUUACGAACAUUUAAUUUUUCGGCGUAUCCAUCUUUCUGGAAUAUUGAAGAAAACCGUGGUGAAUAUGCCUGGAAAGUUGGAAUAAUCGCGGAGGUUGCACGAGAUUACUCAGGAACUAAGUUAGUUUGGUUAGAUGCGGGUUCUUUUAUAAAACGAAAAUUCUUUUUACAAUUACCAUCUUUAAUGAAGAAGUUUAAUGGAUUUGUUUCACCCAAUUCUCCGGGGAGAAUGGAAAAUUGGACACAUUCCGGUGUUUAUAAAUAUUUCGGUGAUGGUCAUUCGAAAUAUGAUCAGUUGAAAAACUGCAAUGCAGCAUCGGUUGCAUUUGACACAAAAAAAAGAAAGGAAUUAAUAGAUGAUUGGUAUAUAUGCGCAUUAAACAAGGAUUGCAUAGCACCCCCGGGGAGCAGCCGAAAGAAUCAUCGCCAAGAUCAAGCUUUACUUACCUAUCUCGCGGCAAGAAAAGGACUUUACUGUAACAAAUCAAGAAGAACAUUUGGGAUUACGAUUCAUAUGGAUAAAAAGUGUAAAAAAUAUAAUGCAAAAUACGAAAAACAGCAUGGAUUAAUUAUUUAG